GGAAAGCAGCCUUUGAAGUGCGAUUCACCGCGGCGCGAGGAGGGAUGACGUAAUUCGAGAGCGACUUCAAGUGCACCCUCUCCGUUUCCCAGUGGAAUGAAGCACCGAUCUCAAGACACUUCAUGGUCUACACUAUCCCACAAUACAUUGCGCGCCAGUGACGACAGGAGUUCUGUGUGAAUUCACAUAAAUAUUACCCCUGCGCUUCUGUAAGAAGCCCCGCCCAUGACUGCUGACAGACUCCGCCCUACUGACUUAGCUCCUCCCCUGAGUGAGCUGUACACAGUCCGCCAUUUUGAUCUCCUCACUAGAGCAUCUAACAGCAGCAUUCACGUUGUCAUGAUUGACAGGCGAGAUGUGGCUCCUCCCCUUCUGGGAGUUGACCAAUGUGCACGCGGGGCACGUGAACGCGCUCAGCUGAGCUGAUGAAGCGCGUGAAUUCGGCGUGAUGAGGAAAGUUUCUUCAGGAAUCCGCUGAUUAUGACGCUUGUUCUUUCUUUUCUUUCGGUCGGUGUGAAGUUUCCAGACUCAUCUGUGUUUGUAGUGAUGGACUCAUACAGGAUUUAUUUCUGACAUCUUGAUGGUGAAGGAUUGUUGGUGUUGAUCUGAUUCUGCCAUGAGCCGCGGCAAGUUCACGUCUGGAUCUCGGCAGCUGAAGGUUCCUCAUGACGCCCCGCAGAGAUCUCCAUCACAUGCCAGCCUCGCUAAAUUCUGCGGCUUCAUCAUCCUCGUGUUCUUCAUCAUGGCCUCUUACUUGCUGUCGGGUGAGAGGAAGACUCUGCUGGAGGACCUCAGUGAAAGCACCCUCAGAGACUUGGUGCGCAGCAUCGGAACUAAAGUGACGUUCAGAGCCAGACGAGUUCCUGCCGUCAGCGAGCUGCACGACUUCGACCCGCACAUGUUCUCCGUGAUUCCGCCGCACUUUUUACCGAAUGUUAAGAACCCCUGCUGGUAUGAGGAGCUGCGUGGAAACGUGAGCGCAGAUCCAUACGGAUCCAACCUGUUCGGCCGCUUGUCCAGUAAUAUGCGAAUUGCCUUCGAGUGUCUGAGCGCCACGUUCAAAAAACAGUUAAUUCUGCGCGACGGGAAACUCCAGCGCCUGCGAUGCCUUCCCUACUUCUACAUCAUCGGUCAGCCCAAGUGUGGCACGACGGACCUGUAUGAGCGCUUGAGGCUCCAUCCCGACGUUCAUCUCACGCCACCCAAGGAACCGCACUGGUGGAGCCGGAAGAGGUUCGGAAUCAUUCGUCCCGGUGAUCCUCCUCUCACCCGCUUCCCGCUGGACCAUUACCUGGAUCUGUUUGAGCCAGUGGCCCAGCGGAUACAGCACAGACUUCUGGGAAACUCCUCCAUCAGCAGCAGCAUCAUCACUGGUGAGGCCAGCGCUUCCACUUUGUGGGACAACUUGGCCUGGCUCUACCUCCAUGACAUCAGCAGAGAGGCGGAGCCUCCGUCACUCGUCCAGGACUUCAUUCAGGCGGUGCAGCCGGACGCGCGACUCAUUGCCAUCCUCAGAGACCCUGUGGAGAGACUCUAUUCAGACUAUUUGUACUUCGGCACGUCUAAUGAAUCAGCGCUGGAUUUCCAUCAGAAGGUCUGUGAGUCUCUGCGUCUGUUCGACGCCUGUCUGCGGGACGCCGGUCUGAGAGCGUGUGUGUACAGCGGCGCGCUGUAUAACGCCAUGAGUGUGCGGCUGCACGUGGGCCUGUAUGUGGUGUUUAUUCUGGACUGGUUGUCAGUGUUCAGCCGUGAUCAGCUCUUAGUUUUGCGUCUAGAGGAUCACGCUGCAAACCUGACGCACAGCAUGAACAGAGUCUUCCACUUCCUGCAGUUAGGUCCGGUGUCUGAACAGACAGAGAGACUCAUCAGCAGACGUCCCGUGGCAAACACCAGGGAUCCGUCGGACAGGAAACUGGGGCCGAUGAAGCCGGUGACACGAGAGCUGCUCCGGCAGUUUUACGCUCCUUUCAACCAGAAACUGUCUGCGGUGCUGCAGGAUGAGUCCUUCAUGUGGUAGAGUCGCUGCCAUUCACACGCAGAUCGCCUGUCAGAUGAGUUUGUUCACUGGAUCAUGAGGGGAUUUUUUGUAAAUGAUGAAGUAUUUUUAAACCACACAGAAAAAAACCCUCUCUUUUAAGUCUUUGAAUCGCUGACAUCUGCUGGUCAGAUUGAUCCAGUUCAGUGUGCAGUUUCACAGUCGGCAUGAAAAAGAAUUCACGCUCAUAUUUUCUUCUCUAUUGUGCCGUAUAUCCGAGUGAAACUGCUUCUCAAACAAGAACAAAUGUAGGGCGGGGCUUGAUUUUGAUUCGAUGGUUGUGGUUUGCUAUUGGUGGAUCUCAUGUGAGUGACAGGUUGCCCCGCCUUGUCAUCAGAGAAGAGGGAGGGGAAGUUACUCGGAUUCAAGAUUUCUAGGAACAUGAAUUUAAAACAACGAUGAUGUGCACCGAUAAAUUAUUUAGAAUAAACACUGCAAUAUUCCAUAAAAAAACAAGCUUGAUUUGUUUUUUUAUCUAACUACCUGCAAUCUUUUGAAUUAAGAAUCAUGUGAUGAUACCAUUCAAUUACUGACAUGCGACGCAACACCGCGACACGUGAUAAAAGGUAUAGAGAGUAUAGGAAAAGCUAGCUAGCUUACCAAUUCAGAAUAAUAUUUAGCUAAAUGACUUGCAUGGUUUUAUACGUUGCUAAAUCACCAAUAUGCAUCAUAAAUAGUUUUAGACAUGGACAAAUUUGCUUUGAUGAAACAGCCAUUACAUCUGUUAUGUUAAAAUUUUACUUUGACAAGCCAAAGUAAGCAAGUUUUUAAAGUAAAUAAGCAACUUCCACUCCUCACAUGUGCGUCUCCUUUUGACAGUCCUGCAGAAAUUAUGUGUGGUUCUAAAAUAUAUGGUCACAUGACAAUAAAAUUGCACGGUUGCCAAGAUACAGGGGGUGGGUCAACUUACCCACUGGCUCAUCUUACCCCUAUGGACAAAAAACCAAUGAGGCGUUUCUCAAAACUAAGGCGCCCCAGACAUGAUCAUGCAGGAAAAAAAUAGUAGGCUAAAUCGUGCGCACGAUUUACUCAUUUGUUCCCUCGAUUUAUAAAUCAUGCGCAUGAUUUCAAGGGAACGAAUUAGUAAAUUGUGCGCACUAUUCAGUAAAUCGAAGAAAUGAAUUAGUAAAUUGUGCGCGCGAUUAAAUUUUUUUUCUUGCAUGUCAUGUGCGGGGCUCCGUACAAAACAUCCCCAUAGUGACUAAAACUUGUUCUGGAAACCAAAAAUCAGUUUGCGAUCACUUCAUCGUGUGGAUACGGUGCCGUCACUGGCUUACGAACAUGCUUUCUUCGGUCUGACUGAUUGUUGAACACCCAACAUUAGCAAAAACAACCGACCCUCACAAAAACAAGAAUAACGGCACUAUAUAAUACUGUUUGCAAUCACUGACCGGCCUCAAGACCAGAUUCAGAUUCACUUUUUGAAACAAUCCACCCUAGCAACCACCCUGAACACCCUAGCAACCACACACUGACAAUCCCUCCGCAGCCCUCUAGAUGGCAGCAGUGAGUUUGGUUCUAGUAAGCAGCUCACGCGUUCAUAUACUGUAUAUUUGAUGAGGGCGACGCUGUCAGAUCAUCCUCAUGCCGUGAGCUCUUCCUGUGGGAAACUCCAGGGAAAGUCCCGGAUCAUGAGAACGGCUCCUGUGCUUUUAUGAAGAAUCAUAAAUUUGCUGUUUGAUGGUUGCAGCAGCUCAGGAAGCUUAGGAUCACAAACACAGAGGCCUCUGGGUAACAAACUAGAUCUGUGUUUUAUUAUCUUGGCUUGACAGAGACGCUCUGUUAUUGCAGAAAACCUGGUUUUGGGUCCGAUCUUGAUUUACAGUGCGUGUCCAUUAGAAUUUGGUUUCCCUGUGGUUAUUAUAUGUUGGGAACCAAAUAAAAACCUUGCUUUUUUAGGUUUACAUUUUCUUUGUACAGCAUUCUCAGAUUGUUCUGGGAAGCAAAAAACGUUCCUGUAUUGAUAUCCUUCCAGUGGACGUUUCCGACUGUUUCCAGUAAGUUUUUGUUAUUGUAGUGUUGUCAUGGAAACAGAUGCUCAGGGGCCAGUUGCAUAAGCACAGCCAUUACUUAAAAAACUAGUCUGACCAACCAAAGGAUAAUCAGUCUUCCUUUUUGUUCUCAUAUUAAACAAGUCAUAGAUCUAACUUUUUAUGCAACUGACUUGAAGUAAUGAAUUGAUCACCAAAAUGACAUAUUUAAAUGCCUUAAAAUAGCUUGAAUGUUUUGAAUUUUGGACAAUAUCAGCAUAAAUCCUUAUCAUUUUUUGGUGCAAAUACAUUUAAAGUAACUUGACAUUAUCA